GCCACUUCACCCGUUCUACAUUUUUCUCCUCUGAUCCGUCAUGGCAAAUCUUUCGAUUCUUUUAAUGUUUGUGUUCGCCGUCGUUUCCUUGGCGGCGGACAUGUCGAUCAUAACCUACGACAACCGACAUCCGGCGAGAGGGCAGGGCAGGGCCGACGAAGAGGUCAUGGCUUUGUACGAGUCGUGGCUGGUUAAGCACGGAAAAGAGUACAGCGGUGUCGGAGAAAAGGAGGAGCGGUUCGGAAUAUUUAAGGAUAAUCUUAGGUUCAUCGACGAGCAAAACAGUAUUGGAAAUCGGACCUAUAAGCUUGGGUUGAACCGCUUCGCCGAUCUUACCAACCACGAGUACCGGUCUGCUUAUCUCGGCACCAAAACCUACGAUCAUGCUCGCCGGAGACUCUCACACAAGAAAAGCGACCGGUAUGCUCCCAAAGCCGGCGAAAGCUUGCCGGGCUCCGUCGACUGGAGGACUAAAGGCGCCGUCACUGAGGUCAAAGAUCAAGGGGGCUGUGGGGGGUGCUGGGCAUUCUCAGCGGUGGCGGCCGUGGAAGGUAUAAACCAGAUUGUGAGUGGGGAGUUGAUCUCGUUAUCAGAGCAGGAGCUGGUGGAUUGCGAUACAUCAUAUAAUAAAGGCUGCAAUGGCGGUCUAAUGGACUAUGCUUUUGAGUUCAUAAUCAAGAAUGGAGGCAUUGACACCGAGCAAGAUUACCCAUACACCGCCAAGGAUGGCACCUGCAACCAAUUGAAAAAAUCUGUCAAGGCUGUUUCCAUUGAUAGCUACGAGGAUGUUCCUGGAAAUGACGAGAAAGCGCUGCAGAAGGCUGCGGCAAAUCAGCCCAUUAGCGUUGCCAUUGAAGCUGCCGGCAUGGCUUUCCAGUUCUAUGAAUCAGGAGUAUUCACUGGAAUGUGCGGCACUAAUUUGGACCACGGCGUGACUGUUGUUGGGUACGGCACAGAAAACGGUUUGGACUAUUGGAUUGUAAAGAACUCAUGGGGCUCACACUGGGGAGAGAAGGGCUAUGUGAGGAUGCACCGUAAUGUGAACACGGAAGCCGGUUUGUGUGGCAUUGCCAUCGAGCCAUCUUACCCUAUCAAGAAAGGUGGGAAUCCUCCCCGCCCUCCUCCAACUCCUCCGUCUCCGGUUAAGCCCCCCACCGUGUGUGACAAAUACGACGAGUGCCCGGCAAGCAACACCUGCUGCUGUGUUUUCCUAGUAGGAGACUUCUGUUUUGCAUGGGGGUGUUGCCCUCUUGAAAAUGCAAUCUGCUGUGAUGACCAUUUCAGUUGCUGCCCUCAUGACUACCCGGUUUGUAACGUUAGGCAAGGCACCUGCUUAAUGAGCAAGAAUAACCCGCUUGGAGUGAAGGCGAUGAAGCGCAUCCGUGCUCAACCAAUUGGUGCUUUUAGUGAUAAGGGAAAGAAAAGCAUCAAAGCAUCAGUUCUUGAGAAUUGAUUAUAUUCCAGUUUGAAAGCAGUGGUGUGGGGAAGGAAAAGUGUGCAUUAUAUUUUUCUGCAGUCUUUUUUACUGCUUGUUUCUACUAUUGUGAUAUUGACAAUAUUUUUCUUUCAUAAUAUGCUUAUUGUGAUUAAUUUUAUGUGAUCCCC